CUAUAUGUCACAUGUGACAAUUAAUAAUAAGCAAUAAUAUGCAACUAACUGAAGUAGAGAGUACAUUUUCUAAAACAUAUUUCUCCGACGGAAAGCGCAGAAUUGAUUUUAUAUUAGUGUAUAAGCAUUCAACUGUGAGUGCGCAAGAGAAAGAGUAUAUUAAAACCUACAUAUCGAACUUGGAAAAUAAAGGCUUACACUUUGAAAUGUCCGAAGGGAUCAAAGACGACACCUUAAUGUUCGUAAAAGUGCACGGACCCAAAAAAUUACUGACCAACUAUGCCGAAGCUUUAGGUGUACCACUUGCAUGCACCUCGUUAUACUACCAAGUGGAAUCUACAACAAAAUAUGAAAUUAUGAAAACAGACAUAACAAACCCUAACAGCAUAACGUUUUCGAGAGCACUUAAGUCUUUGAAAGGGGAAAAACCUAGCAGAAUUUCCACCAUGGAAAGGGCGAUCGUCAUAAAUAAACUACUAAAUACCACACAAUUUGGACCCGAUGAAUUUGAGUGCGGAAUAUCCAAGUUGAUUAAGAAAAAAAUUUUCAUAGCCGCCUACCCUCUUCAUGCUGGUAAUUGGAGAUGGACCGAAGAAGGUCACUUGACCAAACUGCAGGUAUUAUUGGCAGAAUUCUGGGCACGUUUGAGUAUGUGGUACAAAGAGCAACCGUUGAAUUUGAUUAAAAUGUAUUUUGGGUCAGAAGUGGCGGUCUACUUUGCUUUUUGUGGAUUUUACAAUAGAAUGUUAAUUCAUGCCAGCAUCGUUGGGAUACUUUGUGUAUUUUAUGGAAUAUUUACAACGCACCAUUGGAAUUAUAAUAUUACUAAGGAACUAUGUAGUAGUGACCUCAAAAUUUGUCCACCGUACUUCACCUUACAUAACUGGAAAUUUACUUAUUUGAAACAAUAUUGUGGUUACGCGAAAGCAAUGUGCGUAUUUGAUAAUACGGGAACAGUUGUCUUUGCCUUCUGUAUGGCGUUUUGGGGUACUGUCUUCCUUUAUCAGUGGAAAAGGUAUUAUACUACACUGUCACUCCACUGGAACAUUCAAAAUGAAGAAGACGUAGAAGAUAUAAGUAAACAGCGCCAAGAGAUCCUUCGCAACCCCACCCUUGUCACUAUAAAAAAUAAUGCUAUCACUGUUAUUGUUUGCUUGGCAAUGAUGCUAAUUGUGUUAACUGCAAUUUUCGGUACCAUUAUAUACAGGCUUACGGUAACUGAUUUAAUAAACGCCAGCAAUGUGAAGAUCCUAAAGAACAAUACCUCAUUUUUUACAAUGACCACAGGAUCGCUUUUAAGUGUUAUGUUCAUGAAAGUAUUUAACAAAUGGUACGGAAAAAUUUCCAUUUGGCUCACCGAAAACGAAAAUCCCAAAACUCAAGAACAAUUUGACAAGUCAUACAUUCACAAGCGGUUUUUGCUUUCAUUCGUCAACAACUACGCGACCAUGGUUUAUAUAAGUUUCGUAAAGGGAAAGUUGUACACAUACCCGGGAGAGAAGGGUUCGUGGAUACUAACGCACUUUCACGCAGACAUAUGUCACCCGGCGGGAUGUAUUAUGGGCAUUUGCAUCCAACUGGCUUUUGUAAUGUUAUUCAAGAGUCUGGUAGGAAACAUUUAUUCUGCCAUGAUGCCAGCAUGUAAAAAACGCUUGAAAUGGGGGAUUUCGCAAUCAACAAAUGAAGAUUUGCCACGGUGGGAACAAGACUUCGAAUUACGGGAAGUUGAGAGAUAUUUUCUUGUCGGGGAAUAUAUGGAAAUUGUCAUGCAGUACGGGUUUGUUACAUUUUUUGCCGCCGCCUUCCCUUUAGCUCCACUCUGUGCACUGAUAAAUAAUAUUCUGGAGCUAAGGACUGAUGCACAUAAGUAUGUCCGAAUCUGUCGCCGACCAGUUCCCAUCUGUACCGGAUCCAUGAAUGUGUGGAUUAAUUUAUUGAAAGCCAUGUCUAGCAUGAGUAUAAUUAGCAAUGCCUUCAUAAUAGCAUUUACGAGUAAUAUUGUCAAGCGAGAGCUAUACAGAGCGAAACAUGAUUACAUGCUUAAAGGAUUUAUAAAUAGUACACUUUCAGUUUUUGAUCCGAAAGACCUCAAAGGCAAUUUCACUCACAGCGAUCUUGAAAUGUGCUACUAUCGCGGAGAAAGAAAUUCACCGGGUACUCCAGACCAAUACAAGCUUUCCGGUCAGUUUUGGUUAGAAUUAUCCGUUAGAUUCAUAGUAGCGAUAUUUUUCGAGCAUAUUAUGUUAAUGUUCACUGGUAUUUUGAGCAGUAUGAUGCCCAAUGUAACGCCCUUGGUCAAGAUGGAAUUAAAACAUCAAAACAUCGAGUUGAAACAAAAACAAAUGAAAGCUGAUAAAAAUGUUCCUAGAGGGACAAAUGUUUUUAAGGAAUAACAAGUUGA